ACUUUCAAAUCUUUUGUCAAGCAAUCAAGUCGCAUAAAAUAAUUGUAUCAAUUUAAAAAUAUUCUGUAAUUAUUUGUAAAAGAGGAAACUUUUCAGCAACUGUAACAUGAGCUUGAAACCGCUUACUCUCUCAGCAUUGACAGCUUUGCGCAAUGAAUUUUAUAAAUGUCCCAAGAAUCGUCUGGCUCAAAAUGUCUGCACUCAAAAAGAUAUACUUGAAGCUGCUGUCUCUCGUCCCAGAUUUGAAACAAUUCAGCAUGUUUACACUUACAAGGUGGAUGAAGUAAAGCCCAUUUGCGAUCAAAAGAGUACAGGACGUUGCUGGAACUUUGCCGUUCACAAUGCAAUGCGUUUACCAUUUAUGAAACAAUGGAAUAUCGAAGAAUUUGAAUUCUCACAAGCGUAUUUCUUCUACUGGGACAAGAUUGAGCGUAGUUAUUACUUCCUCAACAAUAUUGUCGAGUCAGCUAAACGCGGAGAAGAAGUAAAUGGUCGUUUAGUGACUUUUUUGCUUGGUGAUCCCAUCGGUGAUGGUGGUCAAUGGGAUAUGAUUGUCAACAUAAUCAAUAAACAUGGUGUCAUGCCUAAAAAGUGCUUCCCAGAAAGCUACAGUUGCGAAUCAUCAUCUCGUAUGAAUGCAAUUUUAAAAUCAAAGUUGCGUGAAUAUGCAAAACAAAUUCGUGAUGCUUAUUCAUCUGGUGCUUCCGAUUCUGACGUUCAAUCGAAAGUCGAUCAACAAAUGGAUGAAAUUUAUAAUAUUGUUGGGAUCUGUCUUGGAAUUCCUGCUGAAAAGUUCACUUGGGAAUAUUAUGAUAAAAACAAGAAAUACAAUUCAGUCGGACCCGUGACUGCUCUUGAAUUCUACGAAAAGUAUGUGAAGCCGUAUUUCAAUGUUGAUGACAAAGUUUGUCUCGUAACUGACCCACGUCCAUCGAAUGAAUUCGGAAAAGGUUACACAGUCGAUUGCUUGGGAAAUGUUGUAGGUGGACGUCCUGUUUUCUAUAAUAAUCAACCUGUUGAUAUUUUAAUGGAUCUUGUUGCAAAGAGCUUAAAAGCUGGUGAAGCUGUUUGGUUUGGAUGCGACGUUGGAGCUAGAUUUGCUCGUUAUCAAGGUGGUGUUGAAGAUCUGGAUAUUCUGGACUACAAGACAUUGUUUAAUGUUGAUGUCGCACUCGGAAUGAGUAAAGCUGAUCGUUUAAUUUAUGGUGAUUCGUUGAUGACACACGCAAUGGUUUUCACUGGUUUUGGUACAGAUGAGAAAGGAAACAUCACAAAAUUCCGUGUUGAAAACUCUUGGGGAGAAAGUCGUGGAGGAGAAAAGGGAUAUUUGUUGAUGACAGCUGAAUGGUUCAGGCAGUACGGUUAUGAAGUUGUCGUCGAUAAGAAAUAUGUUUCUGAUGAUAUUAUGAAAGUUUUCAACACUAAACCGAUUGUUUUACCAGCAUGGGAUCCUAUGGGAAGUCUUGCUUUAUAAUCAGUUAUCAUCUUGUGUAACUACCACAAUUCAACACUAAAGAAAUAAUCUUGAAUGUGAGAAAUUAAGAUACUGACAUGAUCAGGGAAUAUUUUCAAUAAAAGUCUUUUAUUUUUCUUGAAAUUGUAUAAAAA